CUCCUAUAUUUGUAUUGUUGUUCAGUUAAUUUUCUCGUGCGUCGCAUGAUAUCGUUAUUGGAGUUUUUUUUACUCUGAAGUAUAGUUGUACAUUUGAAAUGGUAUUCAAACUAAUUGCGAUCGCGUUGUUCAUUGCUUCCUCGUGGUUCAAUGAAAUUGAUGGCCAUGGAAGAUUAAUGGAACCAGUUAAUAGAGGAAGUGCAUGGAGAAAGAACUAUAAUACUCCUAUAGAUUACAAUGACAAUCAAAAUUACUGUGGAGGGUUUUCAAUACAAUACAACGCCAAUGAUGGAAAGUGUGGACCCUGUGGUGACAAUUACGCUGAUCCUCGGCCAAGAAAUAAUGAAAAUGGUGGAAAAUAUGGAACUGGGUUAAUCGUUAGAAAGUACAAAGUAGGACAAGAAAUCGAUCUACAAGUUGAAAUAACUGCUAACCACAUGGGCCAUUUUGAAUUCUCAUUAUGCCCGCUAAAUUACACGAUGGACAUUGAGAAUGAAGAAUGUUUCGAUGCCCAUCCAAUAUAUCUGGCUAAUGGUGAACGAGAAUAUCCAAUAAAGGCAGAUCCACCUAGCUUUUACAAUAUCAAAGCAGUGCUGCCCGAUGAUGUCACUUGCGAGCACUGCGUACUUAGGUGGCAUUACAGGUGUGGUAACAAUUGGGGAUAUUGCGGCAACGGCACGGGUCAACUUGGUUGUGGACCACAAGAGAUAUUUAGGUCGUGUUCAGACGUUGCUAUUUUGUAAGCGAUACUAUAUGGUGUUUUUAAUUUUUUUUUAUAUUCAAAUUGAUCACACAACUCGUAUCAAAAAAAUACCUAGACUUACAUCACAAGUCUCCAAAAGGUUAGCAACACAACUCUCCAGUAACCAAGUGACAAUUUGUUAAAUAUUACAAAAGAUUUUAUUGUACACGAAUUCUGGAACAAUAUUAAUCUUAAUUAAUAAUGCAUUCUCAAUCAUUUCUGUACCAAAUUCUUAAUAACUUAUUAAAAUUUUAUUACUCAAAUAUAUACGUAUUUUUCUAUUGUAAUGAAAAAAAAUCCAACUGUAAAUAACUAUACUGCAAUACUAACUUUAUUCUCGAAUAAUAUAUUAAAAUAAUAUAUGUGAUACAUGGAUUCUCGUCGUUCUAGAUUGUAGAUAAGUUCACAGAAAAGGAAAUAAAUAAUUUACAGUAUUUUAUUAGAACUAGAAUUAGCAGAUUUAGGGCAUUUUAAUUCUAGCAUUUUGUCGUAUGUAUACUUACAAAAUCUUAUUGUUAUAUGAAGUAUAAUAUUUUAUAAGU